CCCGGAUUUGAGGCUCCUUCUGCAAACGCUCACCACGUGACCUGGUAGCCCGUUUCUGAAUGAUGAUAUUCAUGAGAGAAACAAACGGAACCGUGUGGAUUGCUGAGCGAGAGGGCCCCCCUCUGUUUAUACUGGAACAAAACGCACACAGCUGAUCUACCCAUUGGUUUUCUUGCGGUCUUUAAUCUCCUCUUUCCCCACAUGAGACACUUUACCGAUUUUACUCAGUGCUGACUCGGAGGCGGCUGUUCUGAUGGUGUGUGGCGGAGGGAGGAGGAACGGGAGGAAGGAAGCGGGGAUAACGUCACGAAAAGCAGAAUCCGAGUAAAACGAUCUGAAUAGUAUUUAAUGGACCAUCGUUGAUGCGUUCAUGUACCGAGCUGGGGUUGACCGUGUUUGUUUACCCGCAAAGCCGCUGGACAGAGAUGCUUUUGUUCACACGUCGGGUGUGAAAGGGGCGAAGUGAGGAAACGGCUACACAGCAGCUGAUCUGAUCUUUUUCCGGAGUUCUGCUAAAGCGGAGAAAUGGAAAUGUGUGUCCCUCUCCUCCGUUUGCCUGUUUACUGAAGGAUUUGGAAACAGCCUACUGGUGACACACAGGUGGACCUCCUCUGCAGCUCAAUGACUGAAAAAGACAUAUAGUCCCACCAUUCACGGAAUACUGAGGACGUUGCUUUCAUUUUGUUUGCUUAUUUGUUUUUAAGCUGGAAACCCCCAAUCGGGAGCACUAACAGGUGACCGCUUGGACCAAUCCAAAAUGAGUGAGCUGGAGCAGCUUCGUCAGGAGGCCGAGCAGCUUAGGAUCCAAAUAAGAGAUGCCAGAAAAGCAUGUGGAGAUUCAACCUUGACACAGAUAACUUCUGGUCUGGAUCCUGUGGGGAGGAUUCAAAUGCGGACGAGACGCACCCUUCGUGGUCACCUUGCCAAGAUCUAUGCCAUGCACUGGGGCUCAGACUCCAGGCUUCUGGUUAGUGCCUCUCAAGAUGGAAAACUGAUCAUCUGGGACAGCUACACCACUAACAAGAUGAACGCCAUCCCCCUCCGAUCUUCCUGGGUGAUGACCUGUGCAUACGCCCCCUCCGGGAACUAUGUGGCCUGUGGAGGCCUUGACAACAUCUGUUCCAUCUACUGCUUGAAGACACGUGAGGGCAAUGUCAGGGUCAGCAGGGAACUACCUGGCCAUACAGGUUACCUGUCAUGUUGCCGUUUCAUUGAUGACAAUCAAAUCAUCACGAGUUCAGGAGACACCACAUGUGCACUGUGGGACAUAGAGACAAGUCAGCAGACCACAGUUUUCUCGGGCCACACCGGCGACGUCAUGAGUGUGUCCCUAUCGCCCGACCUGCGCACGUUUGUGUCAGGGGCCUGCGAUGCCUCGGUCAAACUGUGGGACAUCAGGGACAGCAUGUGCCGACAGACCUUCAUAGGCCACGAGUCGGACAUCAACGCCAUCUGUUUCUUUCCCAAUGGCAGCGCCUUCGCCACAGGCUCUGAUGAUGCCACCUGCAGGCUGUUUGACCUGCGUGCGGACCAGGAGCUCAGUCUCUACUGCCAUGACAAUAUCAUCUGCGGCAUCACCUCCGUGGCGUUCUCACGCUCUGGCCGGUUGCUGCUGGCUGGUUACGACGACUUUAACUGCAACAUCUGGGAUGCCAUGAAGGGAGACAGGGCAGGAGUCCUGGCUGGCCAUGACAAUCGCGUGAGCUGUCUGGGCGUGACAGAUGACGGCAUGGCGGUGUGCACCGGCUCCUGGGACAGCUUCCUUAAGAUCUGGAACUGAACCAUGCACAUAAAUAACCACACACACGUCCAGCAGACAGCGCUCACGUCUUGGGACUCAGUUUGCACCCUGUAUUCACACUGUAUGUAAGACUCAACAAACUGCAACAUUGUACUGUACAUAAUAUAUAUGACCUAGGUAUGGAUUUACACACAACACUGGUACAACAGCACUGUACGCAGGACAAGGUGACAAGAUCUGAACACAUUCCCUCUACAGCUGAUUUAAGUGCACAGCAGCAAGGCUACAGUACACACACACACACACACACACACACACAAUCUGUGAAAUGUCCACGUGACCAAAAACACAAAUGCCACUAUUACCUGAAGCCUUUUAACAUACACACACACACACACACUUUCCUGAGAAAAGGUGCUCCUCGAGUUAAGCAGGGGGAGGUGUUAUUUGACAAUUCUUUGUUUACAAUGAAGUCAAAAUGCACUUCAAGUUUCUGUACUCUUUAUUUCAGUACCACACAUUUCAGCAAUGGUAAUGUGAAGGAAUAGAGGAGAAUCAUGCGAGUCAACACUGAAAAACAAAUCACUGACAGACAGGCAGGACAGAUGAUCCGAGUAUAAGAGAAUAAUCAGCUCCUCUUUUCAUCUGGCACAAACCAUCAUGUAGUUACAGAUUUUAUAGAAACGUACACCCACAUUCAGUACACUUCUUCUGCAGUUUGUUUUUAACACUUUAUUCAUACUCUCCCGGUGUGCCUCAGAUACACUUUAACGAUUAUUAAUAUCAAUAUUAUUAUUGAUACAAUUAACUCAAAAAGAUCUGAGAUUCAGGAGGAGGGUGAAAAUAAUACACAUUAAGACACAUUGGAUUAAAGCAGGAGCCAGUAUUCAUACUUUGACUUUGUCAAUAUAUUAUCUGGACAUUAUGAUGGUAUAAUUGUACAUAAUAUUAAUAAACAAUAGCCUCUCCUGUCA